UAUUUUAGAUCAGCAAGAAAAAAUUUAUGUUUUUUCUUGGAAUAAUUCUUCUCAAUUUGAUGAAAAUUGUCAAACUUUAAUCGAUUUAUAUGCUUCAUCUCGAAUAGAAUUAUUUCGAAAAACAAUUAAAACAUUUAAUGAUAAUUUUACCGAAGGAAAUUUUUUAUCAAAUAUAAUAGAAAUAACUAAACAUUUAACAUAUUUGUUUCGAUUAGAUACAACAAAACAGUUGAUCGAUUUAAAUAUAACGACUCAAAUUAAAGCGAAUAUAGAUUUUUUAAAAGAAUAUUAUUCGAUUAUUGAAGAUGCGAUGUUUCCUAGUAAAGAUGAUCAACAAAUUCUUUCAGAUUUUAUUUUAGCAUUGAAUUGUUUUCUUGAAGAGAAUAUUGAAAAGAUUAUAGUACAAGAUAAUGAUACAAAAGAAAGUUUGAUUUUAUUAAAAGAAGAAAUAGAAAAAUUAAAAAUUUGUCUAAAAAAUAAAAUUUAUAAGGGAUUUAAUUAUCUUUUUGUCGAAAAAGAAUAUGAAGAAUUUAUUCAAAAGAGACAAGAAAAUCCAAUUCUUAUUUCUAUGAAGUGGAUUUUACCAAUGCUUAAGCAUAUUUUUUAUUUAAUGAAGCUAUUUCAGGAUCCGAAUAAAUCGACAUUUCUCAAACAAUUUAAAGAAAAAUUCUCCGAUGUAAGUCAGUUCAGUAGAAAUAGUUUGACAAAUAUUGAAAAAUUUUUAAAUUCAAAAAAAGAAAAAUUACUCAAAGUUGAAUGGAAUGAUUCUUCAGCUGAGAAAAUUAAAUUAACAGAAAUUCACAAGAGUAUCCAUAUGGAAUAUGAAUUCUUAGAAAUAAAUCUUAAAAAUUUAAUUAUUCUGAAAAUGAAAUUAACCGAACAUUUCGAUGAAUUAGAACAUAAUGAUCAUCUGAGUGAUUUAAAAUUCUUAUUGACUAAUCUCUAUAUAAAAAAAUUGAAUAUUGAAAUUAAAAAUAAGUUUCAAACAAACGAAAAUAGAAUAAUUGAUGAAUUAGUUGAUUAUGCUCAAAGUUUAUAUAAUAAAUUAUCUCAAUCAUUUAAUAAUAGAAAAGCUUAUAAACAUUUAUUGACAUAUUUCGAUGAAGUUUAUAAGCAUAUAGAAGUUCGAGAAAUUCUAGAUAAUACAGUAUAUCAGAUUAUUGCCAAUAAUAAUAAUCUAGAAGAAAUAAACGAAACUAAUCUUUCUGAUAUUUUAGAUAGUUUACCAUUAGAUUAUUUAUAUAAAAACAAAGAUUUAUUUAGAAAACUACUCGAUAAGAUAGAAAACUUUAAUAAUAAACAAUAUCUAAUAAAUCUUGUCCGAUAUUGUUGCUUAUUUUGUUCGUUAAAUGAAAAUGAAAACGAAACUUUAGUUCGGUUUGAUUUAAAUAAUAAAGAUAAAAUUGACAGAAUUGUAAAAUGUUUAAAAGAAAUUCGUGACAAUAUGUUAGAUAUUCGUUUAAGUGAUGAACAAUCGGAUACAAUUAAAAAUAAUAAAGAAAUUCUUGUAUUGCAUGAAGGAGAAAUUUCAAUAGACUCGAAUCAAAAUCGAAUUAUUAAAUAUAUCAAAGAUAAUUCAUCUACAGUUGGCACUAUGAGCGAUCGAAAUGCUACUGAAGAACUGGAAACAUUAAUGCAAUCAUUCAGUAAUAAUAAAAUACAAAGAUUAAUCAACAUAUUUCUAAAACCUGUUCUAUCAUGGUUAGAAGAGUUCAAUGCACUGAAAAUUGAACUAGUAAAAACUGAAAUGAUUAAACAAAUUUCAACUAAUGAAGAAAUUCGACAUAAAUUUCACGAUGCUAUUAAACUAUCUCAGUUUCUUGCUGAAGAUCAUUUAGAUGAUUGGUUUGAAAUAAUGAGAGAAAUUAGUAAAGCCAGUCUAAAUCAGUUUUCAUUAGAAAAUCUCAUAAAAAUCAUUUCUUUACUUUCUGAUUUUCAAGAUUUGUCAAUCGUUAAACAAAUAAUUACAAAAAAGACAAGUAAUUCAUGGUUAUUUAAUCUUUUAUUUGCACGUAUUGAAUCUAAUUUAAGAAUAAUGUUAAGAGAAAAUCUUGAUGACGAAUUAACAUAUAAAUUAAUUCAUUUAAAAUGGAAUUUACGAUUUUACAUGGAUCCCCAAUGUCUAUUCUUAGAUAUAUUCGGUCAAUUACUUUUAGAAUAUCAAAAUCAAGAAUCAAAAUUAUUAGAAAAUAAUUUCAAUCGAUUUUUAAUUGAAUUCAUUAAUUUAGUCAUAGAAAGUCGAGUUGAUUUAGAUGAAAAAUUAUUAAAUAAAUUGUCUUUAAAAGCAUUAACUUUAUGGAAAUUACCACUUGAGAAAAAAAUUCUUUCCAAAAAACUCGAUAAAUUUAAUUUUUUUAAAAAUGCUAUGGAAAUACAUCAAUCUACUACAAUUGAUUAUUUAUAUAAAAUUCGUGAAGAAAAAGGAGAUGAAAUUUUAACAAAUUUAUUAAAGCUUAUAGAAAAUAUUCAAGUUGAGAUUUCUAUUCUAAAUGAAUUAUUAGAAGAGUUAGCUUUUGGUGGUUUUACUUUAGACAAAGGUAGUUUAGAACAGCUAAAAAAUCAACCGUUUAAGCAAUGGAAAAACCUUUUAAAAGAUUAUACUGAAAGACCAUUGUAUGAAUUAAAUGUAGAACAAUUAAUUAAAAUAAUGAAGGAAAAAGAGGGUGAAGGAAAAAUAAAUGAGUCUAUUAAACAUUUAUUAGAAAAUCAAUUCGUUAAAACAAAAAUAAGUCAAUUAUUAGAGAAAAUUUAUUCAUUAUAUAAUGGUGAAUGGAUUAAAGAGACAAAAGAUGAUAUUCGACAAUGGGCGGAUGAAUUAAGAAAAAGAAAACGUUCUAGUAAAGAAUAUUUUGAUUGGAAUAAAAAUUAUCUUCCUGAAAUGAUAGCUAUUAUCAUUCGAGCAGUAGAAUUAUAUCAUGGAUAUCAUCCUAGAACUAUUCAAUUAGUCGCUUUAGCUAUACUUUUAGAAUCAAAUAGUUCGAAAAAAGGUCGAUUAGGUAAUAUAUCUACUGGUGAAGGUAAAUCAUUGAUUACCGCUAUGUUAGCAAUUUCACACGCAUUAAUCGGUAAUAAAGUUGAUAUUGUUACGAGUUCAAAAAUUUUAGCUAUACGAGAUGCUAGUGAUGAUACCGAAGAAGGUUAUAAAAAAUUCUUUGAUUUAUUUGGUUUAAAUGUUAGUAAUAAUUGUGAUGAUGCUUGUGAUAAUUCGAAGACAGGACAAGCAGAAAGAAAAGAACGAUAUCAAAAAAAUGAGAUUAUUUAUGGUGAAACAGGUUAUUUUCAAAGAGAUAUUUUGCUUACAAAAUUUUUUGAUAAGGAUAUAAGACAUCGAAUAGGAGAUAUUUUAAUUGUUGACGAAGUUGAUAAUAUGUUCAUUGAUAAUGCGGAAAAAAUUUUGUAUAUUUCUCAUACUAUUACUGAUAUGCGACAUUUACGAGAUUUAUUUAUUCACAUUUGGAUAUCAGUUAAUAAUCGAAUCGAACAAUCUUAUAGUGAAGAAAAUGUGAAGAAAACUCAUAAUUAUAUUCAACUAAUGAUUGAAAAUAAAGAUUUGAAAAUUCCAAGUACUCUAAUCAAAUUUGUUAAUAGAAAUUUAAAAACUUGGAUAUUAAAUGCCUAUUCUGCGAAAUAUAUUGAAAAUAAUGAUAAUUAUAUAAUAGGUGAUAUUGAAUCAAAUAAACAUGGAGAAAUUUUAAUUAUGGAUAAAGAUACAGGCAUUGAACAGAUGAAUACACGUUGGAGUAAUGGAUUACAUCAAUUUUUACAGUUAAAACAUUGUGGAAAAUUAACUGAUGAAAGUUUAAAAGCAGUUUUCAUGUCAAAUAUGAACUUUUUUAAGCUCUAUGAGAAUUUAAAUGGAAUGAGUGGGACUAUAGGCGAUCAAGAAGAAAGAAAAUUAUUAAGUCUUGAAUAUGGAACUGAUUGUUUUGAAUUGCCACGUUUUCGAAAAUAUCGAUUUCAGUACGAAAAGAGCAAAGAAUUUGUUGGGAGAAGUGAAUCUGAAUGGUGUGAACAGAUUAUAAAAGAUAUAAAAGAAAAAAUGAAUGCGACGCGUCAAAUUAAUCAAAAUGAGAAAGAUGAAAUAGAAAAGAUUAAACAAGAAUCGCAAACCUUAUUAGAACCGAAAAAUAAAUAUGCAGAUCUCGGAAAAUAUGAAACAGAAAUAAAUUUAAAUAGAAAGAGUAUUGAUAAAAUCGAUAAAAAUGUAAGUUGUUUAAAAGAAGAUAUUGCCUUUCAACAAACACGACAGGCAAAAUUAGAAAGAGAUAUUCGAGACUAUGGACAAAUAUUAUCAGCAGGUGAUGAGAACGAUAAACGAGCUGUUCUUAUUAUCUGCAAAAAUAUUGCCGAUUUAGAAAAGAUCGCUGCAAAAGUUCGACAAGAAUUCUCAUCAAACAAGAAUAUCUAUACCUAUGAUAGAGCUUACAGAAAAUUCGAAAAAAAUGUAUUAAAUCCAGGAGAUAUUAUAAUAGCAACAAAUAUUGCUGGAAGAGGGACUGAUUUAACUAUUGAUAAGUUACUUGAAGCUAAUGGAGGAUUACACGUUAUUUUAUCUUAUAUCCCAGGAAAUUUACGUGUUCAACAACAGGCUUUUGGUAGAACAGCUAGAGGUGGAAACCGAGGUACAGGAGUUUAUGUUGUACAUGAUUCACGUAAGAUGAUGCUUAUGCCAGAUAUGACAGUUGAUUUUCUUCUUAAUGAACGAGAUGAAAAAGAAAAAGAACGUUUAGACGAAAUUGUGAGAAAAUCUUUUCCAAAAAUAAAAAUAGAAAAUAUUUUAUUUGAAAAAUUUAAUCUAUUUAAAGAAGAAAUCAAAUCCAAAAUAGAAGAAAGUUUUUCGAAAUCAAAAACAAAAAAUAUAGCAUUUCGAAACUUAGAUUUUUCAUAUGAACAAGUUAAAUCUCUAGUAAACCGAACUUUUCUUCUAAACAGUAGCGAAUCUGAUUUCAGUACAAAAGAUAGAAUUUUAAAAGAACUCGAUUCGAAUACUUAUGGUUUAAUAACUGAUCCGGGCGAGUUAAUCAAAUUAAGUCAAUUAUUUAUGGGUAAUAAAAAAUACAUCGAAGCACGAGAUUGUUAUAGUCAAAUUAUUGAGAAACAUCCAGAUUUUUCUGAUAUUGCUCAUUAUUAUAAAGCAUUUUGUAUCAUUCAUUUAGGCGGUGGGGAUAGAGGAGAAAUAAUCAAAGCAAAAUUACACCUAAAAAAAGCGCUUAGUUUAUUAGAAUCGAAACGAAGUACUAUUAUGUCACGUAUUCAAAUCCUACUCUCUUUAAAUCAUAUAACACAACAAAAGGGUCAAGGAUUGAAUGUUAAUUAUUUUAAGAAACAGAAUGAAGGUGAAGCACAAAUAUUAUCAUAUCAUAUUAAUGCGAUUUUAGAAGCGAUUGGUAGUGAAAUUAGUUCGGAAAACUUUCGUAGUGGAUCAAUAACAGGAGACAUUCCUACUGAAAUCUAUAAAGAAAUAUUGAAAGAUGAUUUAGAUCUUAUAAAAGAUACUCGAAUUAGUAAAAAAAUUAUUAUUGGAUCACAAGUUUUAAAGACAUCCGAAGAUGAGAACAUCAGACCACUUUUACUAAACAAAGGCAAAUUGUUAAUUUAUGAAGAUUUUCAAAAAUUAGGUUUUGAUGAAAGUCAGUAUAGAAACUUGAGAAACGAACUUCAAAAAAAAGGAAUUUUAUCUACUCUUGAGUUAUAUAAAAAGGUUGAUCAUAUGCAAGAUGCGCCACAAUGUAUAACAUUUCCUAAUGUAUUCAAAUAUUGCCAGGAGAAAAUAUUAAAUGAUUUGGAAUCAGUUUUAAUUCAGUCUCAACAACAGAACUGGAGUUAUAAGAAAAGAAUUAUUAAAGAAAAUUUCUUUGAAACUAAAGUUUUUCAUAAAGACACGUUUUUGAGUGCCACUCAUGAUAUUAUUAAACAAAGAGAAAUGAUUAGAAUACUUAACUCUAUUAGCGAUGAUUUAGUUGGCAAGUUAGAUGAUCCUGUAUUUUGCGCCCUUGGUAGUGAGAUAAAAAAUUUAUUACUAGGUAAGAAAUUAAUUUCAUUCAGUGUUGGAGAUAGAAUUAGUCGGGAUACAUUUCUUACAAAACUAUGUCAAAAAUUAAAUAUAAGCGAAAUGGAAUGUCAACCGGUCAAGUUUCUAUUGAGUGGAAUAUUUGAAGAAACCAUUGAAAUCGUUAUUUAUGUCUCCGAGACUUUAAAACAAAAUAUAACAGAAAAAUUAAAAACUACAAAUUUUAAUGAAAGAGCAGAAGAGAUUCAGAGAGCAAUACAAGAAUUGUUAUGUGGUAAUGAUCAGUAUCCAUUAACUCCAGGAGAUAUUAUUCAGAAAACUACUUUGAUUAAAAUAUUAAAGACAUUUAGACCUGAUCCAUCGAUAUCCGAAGAGCAAAUAAUGAAUAUAUUAAAAUAUUUAGAAUUUAAUGAGACUCUUCGAAUAAAUGAAAAUUUAAAUGCCAAAUUUGAUGAUAAUACGAAUGUUCAAGUUUUUUGUGACAAUAAAACCAAAGUUAAGGAAUUUUUCUUAGGAAAUAAAUCUUACACUCUGGCAUCGGGAGAAGAAGUGUGUAUAGGAUCAGGCAAAAAUAAAGUUUCAAAGAGUCAGUUGACUAAAGUUAUGAAAAAAAUUGGAAUAACAGACGAGAAGAAAAUUGAUGAUAUUUUUAAGCAUCUAGCUCUUGAGUUUGAUUCUGUAAAAUUCAUCAAUUCGUAUACUGAAUUUUAUCUUCAAAAUAGCGAUAUCAAACAAAUUGAAAAAUAUGUAUCUAAAAUACAGAAAAGUGAUUGUACAGAUGAAAGUAAAGAAGAAAUAAAAACGAAAAUAGAUAUGUUAAAUUUUAUUCAAAUUGGCUCACUAAAUAAUAAAAGUAAGCACAUUAAAAAAACUUUGUUGAAAGCAAUUGAAUGUAAUGAGUUUGACUUAACUGCAAUAGAUUUUUGUCUUAAUCAAGAAGAAUUUGAACUGCUUAGAGGAGUUCUACAAGACAAUGGUAUUAUAAAACCAAUGCUUUAUAAAUUACUUUCUGAGUCUCACAAUAAAAGUUCUUGCGAUAUUGAUGAAUCAUUCUUUUCAAAUUUGGAAAAUAUUUUCGUUCUAUUGUAUUACAAUGACGGACGAAUUUCAGAAGAAAAUCUAUCAUUACGUACGGCAAAGGAAGUCAGCCAAGAACUUUUUUAUCGUUUGAGAGAAUCUACUGUAAUCAAAGACGCUAAAGUCCAUUUUAAAUUCACCUAUGACCCUGAAAAAAGAAUCGAAAAUAUUCGAAAACGAGUUGAAGAUGUCGUUAUGAAAGUAUUUAAUUUAAAACGGGAGGAUAAUUUAGCUUAUGAUAUUACCGAUUGGACAGGUUUCGGCGAUUUUGUGACAUCAAAUAACAAAGAACUUGAUGAAUAUAUUGAUAGUAUCACUAACACUUUGAAACAAUGUGCAGGAGUACUUCGAACUCUGCCGAAAGUUAAGAUUAGUGAGAAAAAUCUUAAAACAAUGUUUCAAACAGGACAGAUACCACCAGAAGCUAUGGACUAUAUUUCGAUGUGUUUUGAUUCAGUUUUGUCCUUGGAGGAAAAGAAGAGUAUUUGGGACUGGAAUGCAUUUUGUUGUGCAAUGAUAGGAAUAGCACAAAUUGCAGCAGGUAUUGCUUUAGACAUAUGUACAUUUGGUGCUGCACAUUAUUUUGCUCAAGGUCUGAUUGCAGAAGGCAUUGGAGAUAUUGUUUUUGCCAUUCAAUCUGUUAUUCAGGGAAACUUUAGUUGGAAAGCUUAUUCCCAACAUAAGGUUCAAAGUGUAAUAAUUUCCUUAUUGACUGCAGGGGUUGGGAGCUAUUUAAGUAAAGGUACACAAACAGGAGUGACGGGUGUGGGUUUAGCAACAAAGACAGCGAUGGCAAAAACAAUAGCGAAAGAAACUUUGACUCAUUUAACUAUUAGUGUUGCAUCAGCCAUAGUCAAUAUUACCACGGAUGAGUCGAGUCAAUUCAUAAUGAACGAAAUACUUGAUAAGCAUCUGGCGAAAGUUUUGGAUGAAUGGAUUGCAAAUGAUGCAAUCUAUAAAGCAAAAAAAAUGAUAUUAGAUGAACGAUUUCGAAGUAUUUAUGAAAAAUUUGGUGCAGAGGACGCGAAGAAUAUUAUUAACAAGAGUAUUUAUGCAACUUUAUUGGAUUUACAACAUGGAGAUCUUGCAGGCAUGAUAUUUAAUAGAGUCAUGCAAAUAGCUCAUGGGAUCUCUGGAGCGUUUUCAAGUACAGCACGGAUAGUUCAGAAAAACAAGAGUAAAGCAGCACUAUUUAGUUCAAUUGCAAAAAUAAUUGAUAAAACCGUAACUAGCGUUAGGAUUUUCAAGACCUUUAUAGAAUUGUGCACUAUGUGUCAUCGCUUUUGCGAAAUUCUGGAUAAAAAAUUAUUGGAGAGUUCCAAUAGUAAAAAAGCAAAAUCAAGUAUUGAAAAUAUAAAAGAAGAAAAUGCGAAUAUUUCGAUAUCAGCUAAUAUUUCUGAGCAUAUUAAAUCUAUGGAAGAUCAGAUGAAAGCAGCUAUUAGAGAAAAACCGAUACAAGAAUUAAUUACGUCUCCUUUUGUUGUUGCAAGAGAAGAACUGGAAGAACAUAUAAAUAGAAGAGCUGAUGAGUUUAUAGUUUUAAUCGAAGAGAAGGGACACGAAUCCUUAAAGAAACUAAAUUCCGGAAAGAUUCGCGCUUUAGAACAACUAGGACUCUUAAUUGAUGCAAAACAUUUAAGCUCCGAAGAUUUAAAUAGAACUGUUUGUAAUUUAAAUGGCCAGUCUAUUGAAGAGUUAAAGAAACAACAUGGUGAUAACGUAAGGUUUGCUAUGAAGGACGGAAAACUACUUGCACUUCCUCCUACGUAUAAAGAAUAUAUGGAUAACAUAGAAAAUGGAAUAUAUGCUGGGUUAAUACACUUCAAAUUAGUAGCAGAAAAAUAUAACACAGAUAUAGAAGUAGUGGAUCCUGAAAACAACUAUCAACCUCAUACAGAUGCACCAAAUGGUGGAACAAUUAAUCCUACUAAAAAUGUAGAUGGCAAGUCCAUGAUAGUAGCUUAUAUACUAUCUAAAGAGAAAGGUAAAGUUGGCCACUUUGCACCAGUAAUAGAAGUUGAUGGAAAACUUCAAGUAAUAGAUAUAUCACAAAAUUUAGGUACAAAGGAUCAAUGUUUUGCACAAACUAUGUUAUUUUAUGAAAAAUAUAAGGAGGGAAAACUAAGUAGGACUGAUAUCAAUAGUAUACAAAACUAUGGUAUAAGCAGCACAGAUAUCGGUAGAUUUAAGAUAGAUUUAGCUCAGUUUGGAAGAGGUAGCAGUUCAGUCCGAUACGAUUAUCACGAAGGUGUUACUGUGAAACAUUCGCAACUUUUAGGAGGGGCAAGGCAAGAACAGAGACCUUUCGAAGAGCGUGUACACAGUAAUCCCGCAGCAGGUAGGUACGGUCAUCUAGACAGGCGAUGGCGAGGACGAAAGGGAAUCUACGAAAUUAAUCAUAUUCCUCCAAAAGCUUCCUACAGAGAUACACCUUACCGAGAUAUAAGCAUAAAUCAUAUGCCAGCAAUUGCCAUGUUUAUCGAAGAUCAUAGAGGGAUGUCUUCAACAGGCAGUUCGGAUUUAGCGUUUAGUCAUCGCAGUACUGUCCAAGAAUGCUUACGAAGAGGAGAUAUGUACAGCGCUAUGAAACUAGAGUUAAGUCACACAUUAACUAUUAAUCCUACAAGAUCAUAUGAAAACGCCGUUCUCCAAUACAUAAAUUAUGUCGGAUCAACUCCUGUGAAAGGUGCUCCACUAAAUUUAGAUGGUACAAGAAGUCUGCUAACGCGAUCACAAGCACUUCAAUCACAAGAAGAACUGUUUGGAAGAUGA